GGAGUCAAGAUGUUUGACCUUUGACCGGCCAGAAGCUCGGCUCCUCAGCAGGAGAAACUCAAUCAGAGAAACGUUCCGCUGCAGAGCGUUCAGACGGCAUGAGUGGAAAAUCCUGAGUUUUAGAGUAAUCAGGAGAAACAUGAACAUCUUUUCCCCGUUCGUUUGGAUCCUGGACAUUUUUCAAUGGACUCCUUUCGAUUCAAAUCCAGUUGAUUGUUUUUUUAAAGGACUUGUAGGAGCCUGUGGAGUUUCAGUCCUCUGUAAUCUGAUGAGAGUUUACAAUUUCAUUCAAGCGUGCAGUGAUCCUGACACCCAAAGCGGAGACAGAUGGACGUCGUCUUCCUUCAGAAAUCCUCUGAGGAGGACAUGGAGAGCGGCGGUCCAGUUCUGGUUUCUGACCGGCGUCCUCUCUCUGGUGGGCUGCAGGGUUUCCUCUCUCAUCGUGCUGGAGUUUUCCCUCAGAGCCGUUUCUGCAUUGACCUCCACCGGACAGGACCACGGGUCCAGAGGUCCGGAGCUGCUCCUGAUCCAGAGCCAGUUCUCUCUGGGCUGCGGCCUCACCUGCACGCUGGCCUUCAUCCACCAGGGGGCGCUGCACAGCUCCUUCGGCUUGCUCCUGGCCGCUGCGCUCAGCUGGACAUUUGCGAGCUACAGCGGCGGUCUGUGGCGCCAUGUGGCCACGCUGUUCCCGCUGCACAGGACCGAUGGUUACUGUGGGAAGUGCAUCAACCUCCUAACCUCUGGACACACCAUGCUGGCCUCGCUGCAAAGAGUGGUUAUCUUGGCCUUCGCUACAGCAGCUGUGGCUUCCACCGCCACGGUUUACGAGCACUUCUUAUCCCAGAAGGGUGCGAUGAAGUUCUGGACUCCACUCACUCUCUGCUACACCAUGUUGGUGGCCUACAUCCAAGAAGAACAACAUCGGCUGAGCAUCACAGAGGCCCUGCUGCGCACCGUGGUGCUGCGACUGGGAGGCCUGCUGGUUCUCAUGCUGGCAGUGGGAAACUGGACCGACGUUCUCCACAUCCUCGUCGCUUUUCUGGGAGAAGGAGUCUGUCUGCUGCCUUCUGAGGAUCUGCUGCAGGCUGCGUUAGAGGAAGAACGAGAACGCAACCAGGACAAACAGAGGACCUGCCUCAGAUCAAGGAUGAGAAUACAGUAGAAGAUGGUUAGCAAACACACCAUCGUGAGUCAGAGGAACGGCCUGAAUGUUUCCAGAAAGGUUCUGAAUUUAGCUUUGAAUUGGUGAGAGGUAUUUGAAAUAAAGCUUGGACAAGAAUGA